UGGUUGAAAUAUUUAAUAAAUUAAAUGGCUGAAGCUGACGACAACUCACCGAUUAGAAGAUUUAUACAGAACCAUCCACUUAACUUGGCGAUCAUUAGCUCCCUGAGCGGAAUGCUGAAGUCAAUUAUAGCUUUGCCAAUCCAGCACCCGUUAGAUACCUUGAAGGUAAACUACCAAAUCCAAAAUAAGUUAAAGAAUGAAUUUGAGGUCAUCAAGCAUAUUCAUGCAGAAAGAGGAGGAGUUAAAGGAUUCUACUAUGGAUACAUGGCUAAUCAAUCUAAACAGAUUUUUAAGGCUAGCUAUAGGUAUCCUCUACUAUCCUGUUUACCCAGAUUUUACGCUGGAUUGUUUGGAAGCAAGUAUGAAGAUCAUAAGUAUGCAAUGAGAAUAUUGACUUCCUUUUCUUUGGCCAUAAUCGAAGCAACCCUUAUCACUCCAUUUGAGCGUUUGCAAGUGUUCCUGAUGACGUCAAAGUUUGGAGAUAGUAACUACCGGGACUUCUUCGACAUGAUCAAGACAAAAGCUAGGAAGGAGCUUUUCAAAGGGUAUAGCCCUUAUAUAUUGAAGCAAUGUGUUUCAUGGACUAUCUUCUUGCAGGCUGAUCAGUUCUACAAGUAUAGGAUAAGGAACUUGUUCAAGAUACCUGAUGAGAAGAUGAUCACUGGGUGGAAGCUUGGUAUUUGCAGUCUAUUAACAAGCUUCACUACUGUUCUUUCCGUGAUGCCUUUUGAUAACAUAAAAACUUACCUCCAGAAGCACAACAUCGAGCUCAAGGAUGGGAGUAGAGUUAAGACCAAUGAGAAUCAGUUCACUGUGAGGAACGCCAUUAAGGGUAUCUAUGCUAAAAGAGGCAUUAGAGGCUUCUAUGUAGGCUGGAGAGUAAGAAUAUGAGUAAAUUUCAUCAACUCCAGCUUCACUGUGGUGCUAUUGGAAUGGAUUGAGAAUCAAGCUCAUGGUCUCUAAAUAUAAUUGAUCCUUGCUCUUCGUAUUGAUAAUCCUUUUGAUAUUACGUUGGGCGUAGUAUCAGGAAUUGAGUUUAUUUCUCUUUAAAAAUCCUCCUUC